UUAGAGAGAACGGCAAACAGGUGCUCGCCAAUACGGGUUGUCAAACAAAAUUUUAUGUCUUUACAAAAACAUAAAGUAUCUAUAUAUCUUACCAAGCGGACGAAUUCCGGAUAAUAUUAGUGACCAAUGGUUUAGCUUAAGUUAGUCAAGACAUUGUUGUUGUCAAGCAGCUGUGGUGAAGAUAUAUCAGCAUGGCGGCCCAGGCAACAGAGACAGAGAAGACAGAGGAGCAAGUGCAGACACAAGCUAUUGCCAGAAAUGCUCUUAAUUUUAUUGAAAAGUUUGAACGAUAUGAUUGCCAAGAAAUGCUUGGAUAUAUGCAAACUCAUUGGAUGCUAUCAACUGAGGAUUUCAGAUAUCCCACAGAUCCACCAAUGGGGCUGAUUAGCAAUAUAAAUCCCCAAAAUUCAAAUACAUGUGUAAUACUCAUUCCUGAAGAGGACAACGUUCAGCCAUUAGAUUAUCGUGAACUACACCAGAUUGUUCGAGAAUUGACUAUGGGGUUGUUUGUGCUUAACCAGACGCCGACGUUGUCACUUGAAGCAAACUUUGACCAGAGUACUACGUGUCAGUUACCUCCAGCGUACCAGGACACGAGGAUUGGACAAAUUAUGAUCAAUGUAGACUAUAUGAUGAAGGCAUUAUGGCAUGGCUGUUAUUUUCCGAAAGAUAAACGAACAAAAUUUUCAGAAAAGUGGCGAUCUAGUCUUGAUGUAAAUGCAAAUGGGAAACCAGAAACGAAGAAAACUUUGAUAACAGAAUUUUUGCGGAGUGGUCUUACGGAUAUAACAAAAGACCAAGAUUAUGCUUCUGUUUAUGACAAACUUCCGACAGAAACUCAGGGAGACCAGGAAAUGGUGGAGGAACGGAGAUUCUUCAUGUCACACGUGGAUGACCUUAUGGUGCAAAUGACACUUUACCAAAACACUGUCACUCACUAUAAAGACUUAUUUAUAAUGGACUCAGACUGGGUUGUGUCAAGUGUUGUUAAAAUUCUGGACGAUAAGCUAGACCAUGUUUCAUAUGAGCGUUUAAAUUCUCGUCUACAGCUUCACGAACAGUUGAUCAUGGAAAAUCUUGCAAAUAAGUCCGAGGUGAAACGACAGCUGCAGCUUCUGAAGUUCAUCAGUUAUAUGGUGCCGUUCCUGAUCGGGAUGAAGAAACGCAUGAAGAUCCCAGAUAUAGCACGACUGUUGCCAAAUCUCACAGAGUCCCGGUACAGAGGAAGUAGAGGCUACUCCCACUCAUCAUCAACGCCCUAUCACAACAGUGAUGAGUGUAGAACAGAAAGAGAGUUACCUCCCUUGAUGUUAAGUCAGGAUUUCAAAUGCAAGAAUUUCAGCUUCGGGAACCACUACUUCCAUCUUCAUGGAGGUGUGAUGAUAGAUUUGGAGACGGAUCAGUUAACAGAGAAUGCUGAGAUGUUUGAAGAUGUGUAUGAUAAUAUAAUGAAAGAUGCUACAGCGUAUCUAGGCAAGGUUAUUGAGCUGGAGAACACUCUGAUGGACCAUUACAAGGUUCCCAUGACAACAAUAAAUGGAAAAAACUAUUAUGUGAUGUGUCUGGACUUUGAGACCUUCUACCCAACCAACCCUCAGAAACCACUAUGGGUGAAGGUGUACCAUGAGGAGCUUAACAAACUGAAACCCAAGAAGUUACCCAUGAGUGACAUUCAUCUACAUGAGCAGUUUAAGAAAUACUUUGGCUACAAGAAGGCUAUCAAAUGCAAGACUCCAUACAGCGGUUUGAAGGAGUGUGCGAAGAGAGGGCUAGUGGCCAUGUUUUCGGCUCUGUGCCGUAAAAUGAUGCAGGCUUCGCGCCUAGGCAAGCAAGAUGAGCAUGGCUUAUCUUUAAUGCAUUAUGCAGCCAUGAACAACCAUCCACAGAUCAUUGCAAUGUUGCUGAUACAAUCCAUGGAUGUAAAUGUUCGUAGGAACAAUAUCAUGGGAACAGAUCAUAAUGAACGUAGAUCUAGAUCAAGAAAAGUAAAACAAGAUUUAGAAACUGGUAAAUUAUGUACAGAUUGUUCCCCCUCCUGCCCUUAUGGCCAUGUGUUUGAAUUUGAUAAAUUCUACAUUUAUUGUCUCCCUUUGAUUAUUGUACACCACUGCUUUCAGGGUGGUGAAAACAAAGGAUCAAAUGCACCUGGAGGAAUGUCCUACUACUUGCUUGAAAUAUCAUCAAGGGCUGGGAGUGCCAGUCUUGGUAAAGAAAGGGAGGUAGUGAUGAUGUCGCCACAGCCUGGGUCACUAGAUUUAAAUGACAGGCUGGGGGGGUUGUCUGUUUUGAAAGGUUUGAUAAAGCUUGGGGCUGACUAUCGUAGGCUGGAUGGUGAUGGUAAUGGAAUUGUGAGCCUUGCUGCAUUAAGAUUCCAUACAAAUAUUCUAGAGUAUUUGAUAGAGUGGAAUAACUCUGAUGUCCAUGUUUGGGAAAUUCUGGUGGGUAUGUUGAACAGUGAUGAUUUGAAGAAAAAGGACAGUGCAGUAAAAUGCCUUGAAGUGCUGUCAACAUCUAAACCUGACCACUGGAGGUCAAUUCUUGAUGCAGAGGGAGUACCUGCGUUAGUGAAUCUGUUGAAGAUUGAUAACGAGGAACUACAAUGUGUGGCCGCGUCAGUAUUGUGUAACAUAUCGGAGCAGACGGAGGUCAGGCAGGCUCUCACUCGGUGCAAUUCCGGUCCAAUUUUGAUACGACUGUUGUCAUCACCCGUUGAUGAUAUUCAAUCACGUGCAGCUAUAAUUUUGUCAGAUUUGGCAUGUGUUGAGGGGAACCAGGAGUUGAUAGCAUCUGAAAAUGGAAUUGAACCCCUUGUGAAUCUAAUGGAUUCUGAAUUAGAGGACGUAUUAGUGAACGCGGUGAAUGCUAUACGUGUACUUUGUGAGAAUAAUUAUACAAAUAAGACGGCAGUGUCUGAAGCACAUGGUCUAGAACCCUUGGUGGAGUUUCUAACUGUUGACUCGCCUAUAUUACAAGCAGCGACGGCCGCAACAAUAGCAGCCGUGUCAGGAGGUCACGAGGCCAAUCAAACAUCCCUGCUGGAAGAGGGCGCUGCAAAACCUCUUGUUGACCUUAUCAAAGGUCGUAAUGUGCGUGUACAGGUGAAGGCAGCUAAUGCUUUGGAAGCCAUGGCAACCAAUAACUUCAAAUGCCAGAAAGCAUUCCUGGAACUUGAUGCCCCAAAAGUUCUCAUUAAACUCUUAAAGAACAUCAGUGUUGAGGUGAGAGAACAGGGGGCGUGUGCUUUGUGGUCACUGGCUGGACACACUAAAACUCAGGAGAAAUAUAUAGCUGAGGUUACUGGUAUAACACAUAUACAUCAGAUGUUACUAGAACCAACAGAGAAACUUCUAACUGUUGGAUGUUUGAUGUGUAUCGCACUUGGUCGGGAAAGUAUUGAGAACCAGAAUAAACUCUCACAGGCAGACUGCUUUGCACAACUGGUUAGACUGCUUCGCAGACAUAAGAACUCUUCAACAAAAGUCAUGCUGAUGGUCAUUAAGGUGCUUGGAAUACUAUGUGUUGGUGUUGCAUAUAGAAAUAAUAAAACAACUCAGAAUAAGAUAGCAGAGGAAGGGGCUAUUCCUUUACUAGUACAGCAGCUGAAUGUCCCUCUUUCUGAGGAGGUCCAAGUUGAGGUUGCAAUAUCUCUAGGGUGUAUUAUACUGAGCAAUACAAAAAACCAGGACUUGUUAAAUGAUGAACCAGACUUCAAAUUUGAUGUUCUUCUUGACUUACUAAAGUCCAAAAAUACGGCUAUCCGACUACAAGCUGGAAUGGCUCUGACUAUAUUUGCCUUCAACAACACACCACAGCAGUAUGCUAUACGAGAGGCUGGUGGUAUCAAAUAUUCUGUGUUUGAGCCGUUCAUUGAUUCACUUGAUGAGUUUCAUAACUGCUAUGCUGCAUUUCAGAUUGUUGUCCUCGCACGGGUUAUAGUUGACCGUGAUCAGGUCUCACUUACAGCUCAGGGUGUCACCUUGCUUGUGAAGAAGUUGUCCUCUGAUGAUGACAAUGUGAUUGUCCUUGCAAGUAGUCUUAUUUCCAGUUUGUCUCAUACUCGAGCCGGUAUUCCAGAUGCCAUGGUAACCACUGGAGCAAUCGAUGAACUUGUUGACAAAUUAUCAUCACUUAAUGAACAAGUACGAAGUGCUGUGGCGGUUGCCCUCGGAUACUUGACAUUUAACCGUACAGCUGCGAGACUGUUGCUAAGUGCUUGUAGAAACACUCCAGGUCUUCAUAAAAAAUUAAUGGAUAAUAUCGGGAAGGAUGCAAAAAUCAGCUCUGAAUUUAUCGAGGAUUUCAAACGAGCAAAAACCGUCGGACUACCUUCUCAGUGCCUUGAAAUAAAUGGUGGUAGACCUAUAAUUCCUCCUAGCAGAAUUGGGAUGAUUGGCCAGCGUCCAAUGACAACACAACCUCGGUCUCGCAAAGAGGAUCUCAACAAAAUGAAUCGUGCAGUUUCAGCACCAGCGCGUGGGAAGAAAUCUCCAAGUAUAGUCGCAAGUCGAUCAAAUGAUGAUAGUCGUCCGUCAUCGACAAUGACUCGUCCCUCUACUGCCUACAAGUCUCGUCCAGCGUCUGGGUCAGAAAAAUCUCUCAAGAUUAAUGCCCCGUCACCGGAUCAUCAGUUCAAAACAAGACUUAAAGCAUGGCGGGAAGAGAAAUAAGCAAUUUCAUAGUAAAAAAAAAUAAUAAUAUAGCAUAUAAUAAAACUGAGUGGGUAGAAUUAUUUAAAUGAAAUAAAGGUACUUAUUAAAGUCAUAGACAAAAAAAAAUAAUAGCAUAUAAAUUAUAACUGAGUGGGUAGAAUUAUUUUAAUGAAAUGAAGGUACUAUUAAAGUCAUAGACAAAAAAUAUUAUAGUAUUUUUAUAGUAUUAUUAUCAAAGUAUGUAUCAUAUCUAUUCGUACAUUAUAUUCUCUAAUAAACUCCAAUGGGUACACAUUUUCCAAAUGGGACAGGAGGAUUUUAAAGUAAAAAACGUUGAAUAAUGCUGAAAUAGAAUGCAUGUUUUUUAUGCCCCCGCCAUGUAAUGGCCGGGGCAUAUAGUGUUACCCUGUUCCGUCAUUCCGUCAUUCCGU